AUGGUAAACCUCACACCUAACGCUGUGUCGAUGCUGUACAACAAUCAGACCCCUGAUGGAUUCGAGCCAUGGCUGCAGAUCAUUGAUACCAAAAAAAUUAAGCCGGCUAGUGGUGCAGGCGGCGACAGAUACCGAAUUGUUUUGUCGGACGGAACAUCCUAUAUCAGUGGCAUGUUGGCGACGCAGCUGGCGCCGAUGAUGGAAAACGAGAGUCUCAAGACGAAUUAUGUGCUGCAGCUUAAGGAUUUUCUGCGUAAUGAAGUGCAGGGUCGUCGAAUCCUUAUCGUGCUGAGCAUUGGCGACAUCGUGCCUGCCUUCGACCGCAUUGGCUCGCCUAUCAAUAUUGAAGGCGCCAAAGGGCCGUCUAUUCCACCUGCUGCUGCAGCUAAUGUACCCUCGGCGGCAGCUCUUGGAGCCAGACCUACCACUUUAGCGCAGACUGUCUACCAGCAGCCACAGGCUCAUGAUCCAAACGUGCGGAUCUCAGACAUUCAAAGCUUGAACCCUUAUGCUGGAGGACGUUGGACCAUCAAGGCUCGAGUGACAACCCGCGCCCCGAUCAAAAAUUGGAGCAAUGCGCGUGGUUCUGGAAAGCUAUUCAGUGUUGAUUUGCUAGACGCAAAAGGUGGUGAGAUUCGUGCUACUUUCUUCAAAGACGGCGUGGACAAGUUCUACGAAAUGCUGCGUCCAGGUGGCGUCUUCUAUUUUUCUGGAGGCAAGGUUAAAAUGGCCAAUCGCCGCUUUUCCUCGGUUGACAAUGACUAUGAGGUGACAUUUGACACGCAUUCAGAAAUAUCUCCGGCACCAGAAGACGGACAAAUUUCGCAAAUGCAGUAUUUUUUUUAA